UGUCUAUGGCAACAGUGACCUGCUGUGUGUCCUCCAGCAGCGUCAGCCAGCCACACACAUUUCAAAUAAUGAUGAUACGUAAUCAUUUGAGUGUGUACGUGGAGGAAUCAGACAUAUUGUUGCUUAUCUGACAGAUACUAACAUGUUUUAACCAACAUGUUGGCCCGUUUGGAAACCAGCAUGGCAGAAACAACUACAUCCAUCAGGAGAGAAACAGCCUGUAAAAGCUCCUUAAUGUGCUGGACUGCUGCUCUAUAUCCGUUUCUAUGUAGUCACAUGCACUUAUAACUGUAAUUGAUUGAUUUUGUUGAAAACUUGAAACAUGAAGAUGGUCAGGGAGUUCUGCAGAGCCUCUGAAGUGGAUUCAUGGAUGUUUAUUCUGAAUGGACAUCAGAGAUGAUGAUAUCCUUUGGAACCGUAGACUCACUGAAUCAAAUGUGUUCACAUUUCACCCAGUUACCAAGACAUUUUUAACUUGUAUUCACUUUCCUGAAGAUCUCAGCCUCCCCCUCAGCUCCCCCUGGGGAAGCUUCUGGCUUCAUUCUGCUGACUGACAUUUCCUGUGUGUUGGUGACUUGUUCCAGAUGUUUGGAUCUGGAUCCUUGUCCACCAGGACCCUCAGCCUUUCCUCGGGUCUCUGCUGUCUUCCUGUUCCUACUCUGUGUGAAUGCUGGGAUUCAACUUGCCAUCAUGUGCAGGUGUGAUCUGUCCUCUGCCAGGUGUCCAGGUGGAAACCAGGUCAUGUGACAUCUGAAUUUAACAUUUAGCUCACAUGUUGUAUUCAUUUAGCUCACAUGUUGUCUUCGUUUAUCUCACAUGUUAUCGUCGUUUAGCUGACAUGUUGUCUUCAUUUAGCUCACAUGCUGUCUUCACGUAGCUCACAUGUUGUCUUCAUUUAGCUCACAUGUUGUCUUCAUUUAGCUCACAUGUUGUCUUCGUUUAGCUCACAUGUUAUCGUCGUUUAGCUCAUAUGUUGUCUUUGUUUAGCUCACAUGUUGUUGUCCUUUAGCUCACAUGCUGUCUUCAUUUAGCUCACAUGCUGUCUUCACGUAGCUCACAUGCUGUCUUCAUUUAGCUCACAUGUUGUCUUCACGUAGCUCACAUGUUGUCUUCAUUUAGCUCACAUGCUGUCGUCGUUUAGUUCACAUGUUGUUGUCGUUUAGCUCACAUGUUGUCUUUGUUUAGCUCACAUGUUGUCUUCAUUUAGCUGGCAUGCUGUCUUCACGUAGCUCACAUGUUGUCUUCAUUUAGCUCACAUGCUGUCUUCACGUAGCUCACAUGUUGUCUUCAUUUAGCUCACAUGUUGUCUUCAUUUAGCUCACAUGUUGUCUUCGUUUAGCUCACAUGUUAUCGUCGUUUAGCUCACAUGUUGUCUUUGUUUAGCUCACAUGUUGUUGUCCUUUAGCUCACAUGCUGUCUUCAUUUAGCUCACAUGCUGUCGUCGUUUAGUUCACAUGUUGUUGUCGUUUAGCUCACAUGUUGUCUUCGUUUAGCUCACAUGUUGUCUUCAUUUAGCUGGCAUGCUGUCUUCACGUAGCUCACAUGUUGUCUUCAUUUAGCUCACAUGUUGUCAUCGUUUAGUUCACAUGUUGUCGUUUAGCUCACAUGUUGUCUUCAUUUAGCUGACAUGCUGUCUUCACGUAGCUCACAUGUUGUCUUCAUUUAGCUUACAUGUUGUCAUUGUUUAGCUCACAUGUGGUCGUCGUUUAGCUCACAUGUUGUCUUCGUUUAGCUCACAUGUUGUCUUCAUUUAGCUCACAUGUUGUUGUCGUUUAGCUCACAUGUUGUCUUCAUUUAGCUCACAUGCUGUCUUCACGUAGCUCACAUGUUGUCUUCAUUUAGCUCACAUGUUGUCUUCAUUUAGCUCACAUGUUGUCUUCGUUUAGCUCACAUGUUGUCUUCGUUUAGCUCACAUGCUGUCUUCAUUUAGCUCACUAACCCUAACCCUGAGCAGAAGGAAGAGAAGACUUCUCAUUAAUAAACAAUUCAGUCCUCUGUUUCUUUUCUUCUGUGUGUGUGUGUGUGCGUGAGAGAAAAAUGGUGCUUUCACUGUUUCCAGGAACAGAUUGUAAUGUUCUGUAGAAGAUUUGUGGACAACAGGAAGUGUGUGUGUGUGUGUGUGUGUGUGUGUGUGUGUGUGUGUGUUCACUACAAUGAUCUGAGUGUUGGCGGUGACUCAAUGAAAUCUGAAGAUGGAGAACAGGCUCAGUUAAAGCAGAGUCAUGUAGAACUAAUAGUUCAAACAUCGUUUCCAUGGCAACAGCUUCAGAGCAGGGAGGAGCCAACAUGGCCAACACUGAAGACCGUGUUGACAGAACCCUGCAGCAGCAAGACUCUGGAUGAUUCCACUAACAUUAAAAACAGUGAGUCAGGCAAGGAGUGGCAGAUGACUGAAGACUCAAUCAGACAGGCAGAGAGACAGAGAGGACAGGUGAGACAGGUGGCAACAGACAGCCACACUGAUGAAAAGCAUAAAAAUGUCACUUUUUGAGUUUUGGCGGAGUAAAGGGGAGAGAAGAGCAUUUCUGGUGAGAACCAAUCAGCGGAGACUUCUUCCUUCACAGCUGGAACAGUUGCUCGGUGACAGUGGAGUUCGGGCGGAGCUGCAGGACAACAGGGUGGCAUCUCUGCUGCCGCCUGUUGGUACAGAAGUGUUCAGACGCUUCACACCGGCCUCACUGCAGGAGAUCCAGCAACGUCAUGAAGCAGAAGAGAAGGAGCAGGAGAGGAGGAAGAAGAUGGAAGAGGUAGCAGAGAAAGAACAGCCCAAACCAGCAAGUGAGCUGGAGGCUGAGAAGCUCCUCCCAUUCAUCUAUGGGGACCCACCCCCUGAGCUUCUUAAGACACCAUUGGAGGAGCUGGAUCCCUUCUACCAAUCACAGAAGACGUUCCUUGUCCUUGGUGAAGGAAACAUGGUCCACAGGUUUAAUGCUGAGCCGUCCUGUUACCUGCUCAGUCCGUUCAACCCACUGAGGACCGUCGCCAUCAAGAUCCUCCUUCACUUGUUAUUCAAUGUGUUCAUUAUGUUGACAAUCCUGACUAACUGUGCGUUGAUGGUGAUCAGUGAUCCUCCCGCAUGGACAGAUAAAUUGCAAUAUGUGUUCACGGCCAUCUACACAUUCGAAGCCAUUGUUAAGAUUGUGUCCAGAGGCUUCUGUGUUGGAAAGUUCACCUUCCUCAGAGACCCAUGGAACUGGCUGGACGUCACUGUCAUCAUCCUGGCAUUUGUGUCAGAGUUCACAGAUUUGCAUAAAUUCUCUGUGCUGAGUUUAGCUCCUCGAAUACUGAAGAUCAUCCCAGUCAUCUCAGGAAUGAAGGUGACUGUUGGAGCUUUUGUCCAAUCAGUGAAGAGGCUUGCUGGCGUCAUCGUCCUGUUGGUGUUGGGUCUCUGUGUCUUGUCUGUGAUAUGUAUGCAUUUAUUCAUGGGAAACCUGAGGAACAAAUGUGUCAUAUUGCCAGCGUGGAGCAACCAGACUGACGACGACACUCUUCACUUCACCAACCAAACACCAAGCAGUGGUUUCAGUUACUCCGAGUACUUGGACAGGAUGGAAAACUAUUACUUCCUGCCAGGACUAAUUGAUCCUCUGCUGUGUGGAAACACUUCUGAUUCAGGGAGCUGUCCGGAGGGUUUUACAUGUGUCAGCGGGGGUAGAAACCCAAACUACGGCUUCACUAGCUACGACUCGAUCGGCUGGUCUCUGCUGUCUCAGAUCAGACUGAUGACUCAGGACUUCUGGGACAACCUGAUGAUGCUGACCUUACGAUCAUCAGGUAAGGCCUACCUGACCGUCUUCAUGCUCGUCAUCUUCCCCAGCACUUUCUGCCUUCUCAGCCUCCUUCUGGCAGUGGUGGUCAUGGCGUUCUGUGAGCAGGAGGAGGCCAUUGUCACUGAGGCCAAAAGGAAAGAAGAACAGUUCAAACAGAUUGUGGAGGCUCUGAAGAAGAGGGGGGAAACAGAGCAGGCGGAGCACUCAGAGAAUCAAAAUGGUGAAGAUGAUCAGAAACGGAGAGAGUUGGAGAACCAGAGCUCAUGUCCUCCAUGUUGCCUCGUCCUCCUCCAGUGGAACUGUUGUGGCUGCUGGCGCUGGUGCAAACAGCGGCUCUACACCUUUGUCACGAACCCGUUCUUUGACCUCGUGAUCGUCAUCUGUCUAAUCUCCAACAUCCUCCACAUGUCGACCGAGCAUUAUCCAAUGACAGAGGAGUUUGAAUGGCAGUGGGUUGUUGCUGACCUGGUCUUCACAGCAAUCUUUGCAGCUGAGAUGGUCCUGAAAAUCCUGGCACUGGACCCAUACGGAUACUUCCAGGUUGGCUGGAACACCUUUGAAAGCAUCCUUGUCCUCCAAAGUCUGAUAGACCUGGCACUUGCUGAUGUUCAGGGCUUGUUUAGGCUGAAUACCAUAGUGCUGCGAGUGCUCCGGCUGGCCCGAUGGUGGCCGUCCUUCAACAUGUUUUUAGGGAUGAUCUGGAGGUCGAUGAGGAACGUGACCCUGCUCCUCUUCAUCAUGGUUUUCUUCUUCACCGUGGUCGGCAUGCAGCUGUUUCAGCAGGACUACGAGAACCACGUCUGUUGCAUCACAGUGGACUGUGAGCUUCCUCGCUGGCACAUGACCAACUUCUUCAGCACCUUCCUCGUCAUCUUCAGGGUGCUGUGUGGAGAGUGGGUCGAGAUGACAUGGGACUGCAUGGAGGUCUCAGGAAAGGCAACGUGUUUGGUCUUCUUCAUGACAGUCGUGAUCAUUGGAAACCUGCUGAUCCUGAAUGUGUUCCUGACCUUGCUACUGAGCUCAUUUAUUUUUGUGGCACCAGAGGAAAAAGACAAAAACAACAUCCACAAGGCCCUUGAAUGGAUCAAGACCUGGAUCCUGGCUCUGCUGGGAAAGAAGGACCCAGACCACACAGGGGUCGACAGUAAAGAGGACAACAGGAAGGAGUACCUGGCCUUGAACUUAGUGAUGUCAGACCAGCCAAUGUCAGAGGUCAAAGUCCUCAGCAGUAACAUCAACAACCAGACGAGCAGUGACCAUAACAUCAAACCCCAGAAGGUCCCCAUUGCCAUGGCCGAGGUCGAUAUCGAAUUCAAGACGCCUGAAGAUGAACAACAGGAGAAAAAAUGUGAUGACAUUCAGAAACCUACCGAACACCAUGAAGACCAUGAGGGAAACACACCUGAGGACUGCUGCAGUGACAACACGUCCCAGGGUGCAGGGAGGGUCUGGUCUAAUGUCAAGAGGGCCUGUCUCUUAAUCGUACAACACAAAUACUUUGAGAUCACCAUCAUCAUCAUCAUCAUGCUAAGCAGUGUAGCUCUGAUGUUUGAGGAUGUUCACCUGCACCAGCGUCAGGUGUUAAAGAUGGUUGUGGAGAUGGCAGACCGGGUGUUCACCUACCUGUUCCUGCUCGAGAUGCUCCUCAAGUGGAUCGCCCACGGACUCAAGAAAUACUUCACCAAUGCGUGGUGCUGGCUUGACUUCCUCAUCUUAGAUGUUUUUCUGGUUUCUCUGAUGGCCGACAUGUUGGGAUUCUCUGGAACUGGAGCCAUCCAGUUUCUGAGGACUCUGAGAGCUCUGGGGCCCCUGAGGGCCCUGUCUCGCUUUCCAGGUCUUAGGCUGGUGGUGGAGGUUCUGGUCCAGACCAUCCGUCCCCUGUUUGAUGUGCUGCUGGUGUGUCUGACGGUGUGGUUGCUCUUCGGUAUUGUGGGUGUGGGCAUGUUUGCUGGAAAGUUUCACUACUGUUUCAAUGAGACGUCAGAGGAGUACUUCUUACCUGAGGUAGUGAACAACAAGACCGACUGUUUCUCUCUGAUCAUGAUGAACUUCACGGAGAUCCGCUGGAAGAACCUCCACAUGAACUAUGACAACCUACUGAACGGUUACUUAGCGCUGCUGCACCUGGUGACAUCAGCAGAUUGGAUGGACAUCCUUUAUGCUGCAGUGGACGCCAGACUGGUGGAGGACCAGCCUGUCUAUGAGCACAACAUCUUCAUGCACCUGUACUUUGUCUGCUUCUUCAUCAUCGGCUCCUUCUUCACCUUCACCUUCCUCAUCAGAGCCAUCAUGGACUACCUGCAGAGAGACAAGUUUGGAAGGAAACGUAUUUUCAUGACAGACGAGCAGUACAAAUUCUCCAAGUGUGUGAAGGAACGGUUCUCCAGGUAUCCUCAAGCACCUGGUCCCCGACCUCAGAAUCGGGCCCGGGCUUGGCUGUUUGACCUGGUGACCAGUCGGUACUUUGAAUUCUUCAUAAUGGGGAUUAUCUGCCUGAACAUGGUUAUUCUGGCGGUGGAGACGUACGAUCAGAGCUACGAGGUGGAUGAGAUCCUGCACUGGUUCCAGUUCACCUUCAUUCUCAUCUUCUUCAUUGAGUUCAUCCUGAAGAUCAGCGCCUUCAGACAGCACUAUUUUGCAGACGGCUUGAACGUCCUGGACUUUGUGGUGCUAGUCAUGUUGAUCAUCGGCAUGUUUCUUGCUGACUUGAUGGAAAAGUACUUUGUAUCGCCCCAUGUCUUCAGAAUGCUUCGAUUGGUUCGUGUGGCUCCUGUCUUCUGUCUGAUUCGCUGGGCCAGGGGGAUAAAGAGGCUGCUUUCAGCUUUUGUAGGCUCACUUCCUGCCCUCUUCAACAUUGGUCUCGUCUUCCUCCUGCUCAUGGUCACCUUCUCAAUCUUCGGCAUGUUUAACUUCGCCUACGUGAAGAAGGAGUACAUGAUCAGCGACAUGUUUAACUUUGAGACGUUCUGGAACAGCAUGAUCUGUGUGUUUAUGAUCAGUACAACUUCUGGGUGGGGCGGUAUGCUGUAUCCUAUGAUGAACAAUCCUCCAGACUGUGACCCCUACGCAGAGCACCCAGGAUUCAUGGUCAAAGGCGACUGUGGCAACCCAACUUUGGGCAUCGUCUUCUUCUUCACCUUCAGCUCCCUGUCCUACCUGCUGGUUGUCUACCUGUAUCUCACCGUCGUCCUGGAGACAUUAAACUCAGAGGACAUGGAGAUGCUGAGUGAUGACGACCUCCAGAGGUUUUAUAAAACCUGGAGCAAGUUCGACCCUGAUGCCUCACAGUUCAUACCAUACAGUGAGCUGUCAGAUUUCUGCAGUGCUCUUCAGGGUCCUCUGAGGAUCCCCAAACCAAACACCAUCAAACUGAGACAUAUGGACCUGCCUCUCUUUCCUGGAGACAAGAUCUACUGUGUGGACGUCUUCCUUGCCCUUGCUUCUCAGGUUUUGGGUGAAUCAGCAGAGAUGGACGCUCUCAAAGCCAGAAUGGAGGAAAGGUUCCCGGCUAACUCGUCUAAGGUGUCCAAUGUACCAAUCAGCAGCACCCUGCAUAGGAAACAGGAGGAGGAAGCGGCGAAGGUGAUCUAGAGAGCCUACAGGAAGGGCCUGGCGCAGCAUGGAGAGUGGAGUGUGGCAGAGUCUGAGGAUGAUGGCGUUGGUCUUUCAGGUGUCUGAGGCUCCGCCCACCCAGGUGGUGCUUUAGAGUAAGUCUAUCCUCCAUGCUGGUUCUCCAGCAAAUGCCACCGACUUCCUGCCAAUUGAAAAGUCAUUCAUCUGAGGACCUGUGGACUCACCUGCUGGUUAAUGUCAGCAGGGACGACACAUCUGGAGUUCCUGAACAAUCAACAAACUUCCUCUUCUGCCUUUAAACAUGAAAACUUCAGCCUUUUAAUCUUCUAACAGUCUUUCACUGUAUGAGCUAACACCCGUGUAUGAGAUAUUAAACUACUUAUUACACAUGAUAUCAAGUAAUAUGAUCAUGUUUCCACUGAUUGGGAUUGGAGGCUCUACGUGACACAUCAACAUGUUGACCUGAUGAUGGUGACAGACAGGCAGAUGGGUAGUCACAGUUCUUAUUGAUCCAAUAAAAUGAUUUCAAAUCAAAAGUCUUUAUUGAAACAUUUUGACUGAAACACAUCUGCACAUCUUUGACAACUCACCAGACAGAUGAAAAAAAUCACAUCAGUCAGAAACAUUUAACAUCACAACUUCAUCCUCCAAAUACUCAGAAAUGUUACUAAUGUACUAACUAAGAACAUACUUUUUUUACUCUCAAUAUACAGUGCCUUUAUUCUGAAAAUAUUAUGACUUAUUGUAUUCAAAUAUCGUAUUUAAGUCAUCAUUCAAAAACAUCUCUUUAGCAUUAAACGUGUAACAUUAACAUGUAGCAUUUUAUAGUUUCCUAUUGUGUGAGUCCAGACUGUCAUCAUAUAAACAGGUGGUUUCAUUCUCCGCCUCCAGUAUGUCUCUCUCUAUGUUGAUCAGUGAUAACAAUAACAAAACAAUUACAUUUGAUUGAUUGCAACUGAUUAACCAACAUGAAUGUAAUGGAGUCGCAUCUGCUGCCUGCAGUCAGAUAAUGUGCAUGUUUAUUCUUCACACUAAGCAAAAUAAAGCACAGAUUAAUUUUAUAGUUUUUAUACAUCUGUAUGAAGGUAUUAUUGGUGCAAAAGGUUUGAGCACCUGUAACAGAGGAAUUUGUAGUUGUGUACAGUGAUUGUGUAUGUGUAUCAGUAAAUGUGUGGUCACAUACUCUAUGAGUUGUGUACUUGUAGAUUUUUUUCUCUCUCCACAAAUACAACACAACACUUACACAUUCACAAAUUCUUAAUUACAGGUGCACAAAUCCUAUUUUACAAGUCACAGAUUAAAAAACUGACACGCUCACAUUUUUGCUCCACUUGUUGUAUAUUUGGUGCAAAACAUGUUUGUGCACCUGUAACAGACAAUGUGAACUUGUGGCCAAAAUUUGAAUAUGUGCAAAUCUGAAUGCUGAAUUACUCAAAAAGUACAUAGUAAAAGUACCUCAUAUUAUUCAUGCAAGUAGCCUAGCCUAGGAAGUACUUAGUUCAGCAGUAUAUGAAUCUUGGACUACUUAUGGAAAAUAACUUUUGUAUUAUCAAAGUUGAGUGAAAUACCCUAAGUACACAACUCAGAGUAUGACUACACAUUUACUGAUACACAUAGACAAUCACUGUACACAACUACAAAUUCCUCCGUUACAGGUGCUCAAACCUUUUGCACCAAUAAUAAUACCUUCAUAAAUCUGUCCAAUUUUUGUAGUUUAAAUGUAUGAAAAUCAACAGUUGUAACUGACUAAAUAAAUAAAACAUUUAUACAUGA